AAUCCUUCAGAUAAGAAAAUUAAAGAUUUAUCGGUUGAAACAAAUUCGUCAAACAUUAGUUACAUUAUGUGGAAGGAAUUUAUAUUAUUGUCAGUUAUUGCUGUUACUUAUACUUCGUCAUUAAAGGUUCAAUGUACACAUGACUCGGAAUGCGGAACAGAUGAAUGUUGCUACUAUCACGAAGGGCCGAUGGUAAUGAGUAAAAGACAGACUUUUGUCCCUAUUCCUGUAAUGGCUCAUCAAGGUGGAUGGUGUGAAAAGUAUCAACCACAAGGUGAAUAUUGUAGCGGCAUAGCUAAAAUGAAUGGGCAUUGUGGAUGUGCUCCUGGACUAAAAUGCAAAUGGAUUCCGGAUCCAACCGUAUCUAUCUUACUACAACCUGUCAUCCAUGCAAGAAGUAUGCAAAUUGGUGGACAUUCAGAGUGUCAACCUUAAAAUGAUUAAACAAAAUUGUAUGCCAUUGAAA